AUGAAGGAGGAGAUCGCCGCCGCCGUGUUCUUCGUGGCUCGGCUGGUCAAGAGAUACGGCGUUCUGGACAACGACGGCAGGGAGCGCUUCGCCGCCGCCCUCACCGCCGUUCUGUUCGAGAGCUACAAGAACCACUGGCACCCGAGUGCACCGAGCAGAGGACAGGCCUACAGGUGUCUGCGUAUGAACCGAGUCCGGCUGCAGGAUCCGGUUCUGCAGAAGGCCUGCGAGCGCAGCAACGUGUGCUACGGGGACCUGGGCCUCCCCCAGGAGCUGACGGUGUGGGUCGACCCGGGAGAAGUGUCCUGCAGGUACGGUGAACGCAGCGCUCCGUUCUGCGUCUCGGCGGUGGACCGUCGUGCAGACGGAGAGUUUUCGCGGCGCAUCCACGAGGCGGUGGAGCGCGCGAGCCUCGACGUCCAAUCAGGAAGCUCUUCGGACGAGGAGGAAGUGGGCGGAGACAACAGCAUGAGCAGCAGCAGCAGCAGCGUCCAAUCAGCUCCCUGCUCUGCUCCGAUCCCACCGACCAGCACCGAACCCAAAACCAUCCCGACGGUCAGCAACCCCAACAGCGUCUACAGGUUCAGCGAGUUUUCUCCAGGAGCCCCUCAGACGUGGCUCAGGGACAAACGAAAGGCCUUUUCUGGGGAAGCGUUCGCGCCUCACGCUGCUCCUCCCGGACCUCCCAGCUCCUCUCAGUUCUCCAGCCAGAAAGGCUUCAAAUCCUACCGGGCCACGUUCACCUUCAGCGGGCCGCGAGUCGACAAGUACCACUGGGUCAGCAAGUCCCGGUCCUAGAACCGGAGCAGAGCGCUGCAUCACAGACUUUGUAUUACUUUGGUUUAAAGAGACGAUGAUUUAAAAGUAUUGCUGUUUAAGCAUGUUUUUAAACUUUGAAAUAUUCCGCUAUUUUAAACAAGUUUCCGCUGAAUGUGUUUUUAAAGUAAAAUUAAA